ACUCCGCUUUUCUCUGCCUUCCAGAGAACAUGGAGAGUGUUUGCGGUACGGUUGACACUGGUUCUCUUUUAUUUGCAGGAACGUUGGCCAUACAGAACGAUAAAACAUCCUCUCGAGCGUCUCGGGAAAAUAUCGUGUUAAGUGCUAACGCUUACACUGGUCCUGAAAAAACAUCCAGCAAGAGUCGACCAGUAACCUUGACCUUUCAGAAAACCAUCCCGGCGUUUCAUCUGGAAAGCUCGAGGAGCGUCAGUGAUCAUGACAGGGAGGAAAGCAGGUUCGUAUUCACAGAUACGAAUCGUGAGUCCAUCGACGAGCUUACAUCGUCGAAACACGUGGCUCAUAUCGACGGCAAUAACAUCGAGGUGAAAGCCGGCGAGUACUAUCAAAUAGUACCUACGACUAGCGAAUCGAUGUCGGGGGAAGGACAAGGGGCUCCGCUGAGAAUAGAUCUCCUGUCGGAGCCCCAUCAGCCGGUUGGCGUGCCGAAGCCACGAGGACAGCAUUCACCAGUAACGGAUCGGCGAGGUCGUCAAGAGAUCCCGAGGAUUUAUAGCGAGCACGCACCGCCACCGAUUCUGCAAACUGCCGCACCUGGCCAAAGACAAGCAAAUCCCGAUAUACAGGAUAUUAUCACCGGCAUUGUCAAGCUACUCAAUGGCAACGUCAAUGUGGCCGCCAACACUGUGAGGCCAUUGAGGCCGAUACAAGCCACGAGAAUCAACAACAGGGGACCACCCAGAAUCUCGGAUGUGCCGCCGUUACCGCCCGACUUUAACACUCCCGGUAUGAAUCCACCGCCACCGCCAACGUCAUCCCAUCCUUACCCGUUCGAGAAGCCCCCUGCACCUGACAGACCAUUGUUGAAUCAGUUGCCACCAGAGAGACCCGUUAGACCCUUCAUCAGUGGAGUACCACUACCCGAACAAGUCGUGCCGCCAUGGAGUUGGGAUUCUUCUCAUAGUGGAAACAGACGACCGGUAUUACCUUAUAAACCGUCGCCGCCGCCGCUGGAUUCCAGCUUCCAUCGUGACAAGAACUUCUCGACGACGGAGGACUCGCAGUACGAUCUAAAACCGGAAUCUGAAACACCCCAGGAGAGCUCCGCGAUAAAGAAAGACGCUAGUCAUCAGGGAACACUGGUUGACGAUGACGAUAUUAAAACUUUUACGAGUAAUUCCAGCGUCGACAACGAUCGCCACGAAUCCACGACGGUGAUCGAUGACUCAACCAUCGAGAAUAAUACGAAAAAAUCUGAACUCGAGGAAUCCACAAAAAAGCACCAUAUAAUUCACAAAUAUCACACGCCAUUGAAGGAGAACAAGAUCAAUGGUGAGGAGACGUUGAUCCUCGGCGUUACCGCGGAUUAUGUCUCUCCAGCGCACACAACGCAACGUCCAGAUUCCUCCGAAACGACAACGUCCUCGAACACUCAAAUCAAAGUUACGAAAUCAUCGAAAAACGACGAGAAAGCAUCUAAGACGGAGAAAUCGACCGAGAAGAUCGUUCCAACCGCUUCAAAGACGAAGACCUUCUCAACCAGCACGUUAAACAUCGAGACCAGUUCGUCAGUCCAGGUGAUUGAAUCUACCUCGACGAAAAUCGUCCUGCGGCCGACCUCCACAACUUCCGCGGACACGAACGCUAAUACUACUAAGUCCAGCGUGGUAAAUUUGGAACCCAGCAGAACGCCUGAUAUCGAUUACAUCGAACCAAUGUUCAGCGUUUCGACGCCGACUGAUAGUCUCCCUACGACUUACUCGACGAGCUCGAGCACGACUGAGAAGAGCGUCGUUCAUACCACAACUUCGAUGUUCACGAAAAUUUCAGGAACUACCGAACGUUAUCGACCACGACCCGGAAUUGUGUUAGAUGAUACUCUGGAUUACACUGCAGCGCAAGGAUUACCAAGCCAGAGGCCUUACGCGCCUUCGAGACAUCCAUCUCACGGUGACGUGUUUGAUGUAACCGUAUCAGCAAUUCAGGGGCCUGGAGGAAGUACUGGGGAGAGCGUUAGGGUAUCCUUGAACUCAGGUGGCGGUGACGUGAUAUUAACUUCCGCUGUCGGUGGACAAGGUUUUGUAAGCAUCGAUGGCAAAAGAACGUACCUAAAUCUGUUCGACAACACGGAUCGAACACCCGAACCCACGCAUGUACAACCCCAGCACAUACAACCGACUAGGACUCAAGCACCGCCCAUUAUUGGUACCGGUCUCGCCAUUCCGCAACCGGAUGCUCCCGUUGUCACGUCACGCCCAACUGGACCUAAUCGGAGGCAGCCACCGUUGUAUCGAAGACCAACGCAGCCACCUGUCAGAAUAGACACUUGCAUCGUCGGCGACACGAGCACAUGCGACGCGAGUCAACACGAAGCUUGUGCGACCGUACAAGGGGUAUCAGCAUGUCAAUGCAAGCCCGGAUACGCGCGAUUGCAGCAUUCACUACCGUGCAAAAAAAUCGUUAGCAUCGUCGUGUCGAUCAGGGUGGACAAAUUUUAUGACAAGAAAGUCGUGUGGGAUCGAGGAUUGGCUGAUAAGGAUUCAGAGUCUUAUCAAACUCUCGCUUAUGAAGCGAACAGAGCUGUUGAAUCUGCUAUGUCUAUGACGCCAUUUUCCGAUGAGUAUAUGGGAUCGCUGAUAAAUAACGUUUAUCAAGGGGAUGUGAGCCAAGGGCAAGGUGGAGUUUUUGUAAAUGCAACUCUGAAGCUCACCUACGAGCCGAGAACGACCAGACCAAGUUUAGCUGGCGAGCUCCAAAGACAUUUGCUAGGUGUUAUUCACAGAAGAAAUAACAAUAUCGGAAAUAGUGCCUUAUACGUGGACAGCCCACCUGGAUCUAUAUCGAACUUGCAAGAUCUAGAUGAAUGCGCUUCGUCGGAAUUGAACGACUGUCAUUCCUCCGCCAGUUGUACCAACACGUUCGGCGGUUUCACUUGCGCCUGCAAUCCAGGAUUGAAGGAUCCUCACAAGGAUGAUCCCAAUGAAACCGGUAGGAUGUGCUUGGCAUGUCCUUCAAGUCAUUGCAACAAUCGUGGCACAUGCUCUUAUCAAGGAGACCAGAUGCAGUGCGCGUGCACCGGCAAUUAUUAUGGGGCGCAAUGCGAACUCGACGGAGAAGUCUUGGGCGUCGCCAUAGGCGCGUCUGUGGCUGCCUUAAUAAUCAUAGUGCUGACGCUAGUCUGUCUCGUCAUGUGGAGUCGACGGUGGUCUCGCGAACAGAAAUCUGUAGGUUCUCCGGUGUACGGUUACAUCCAAGGUGGGAUGCCCGGUACCCUCCCAGGAAAUUUAGCAAGGGUCGGUUCCGUGGGUACUUUAGCAUCCGUAAAGCAAGGACCGCCAACCAACUUGCCACCCUACAUGUGGGCCCACUUCGGGGAGCACAUGGCCACAGCAAACGUUUACGCGACCGAACCGAUGGGUCCGACACGGCCGAGUUCGGCGAUGUUCGGUUAUCCACCCAUGAGCGUCCAUGGAACGUUACCUCCGGUCCCAUUACCGCGGUUGCAGGCCCCUCCACGGUCACGUCAGAGACCCCAACCAGAUCCAGAUAGCUCGGAUUCCGAACCGCAGGAUAAGGACAGAGCCGACCUAAUUCCUCAGAGCAGUGGUUUUCAUGUGCCGAGGCCGAAGUCGAGGUCCUCAUUAGCGAACCAGAGCGGGAUUUACAACGACGUGGAGUACGACCAGGGUGAUGUCCAUCAUUUAUCGAAGAAUAACAUCCCACUGUCUACCUACAGACCGUACUAUAGAACGUGAAAUCCGCAACGCGGCAGCGCAGCACAUUUCUAUGUGAAGGGAACGGUGCUAAAUAACACAUUGCGAUAUUUAUCGCACAAAGUGCUCAAUAAAUAGUGCAUUAAGACACGUGUGUGGUGGUGGUGUUGGCGCGAGGUAAUCCCACGAUAGAAGCUGCGAUCUUCUCGUAAUAUACGGAAGAUUUGCAGAAAGCAAAUCUAAUCGCGCGAGUCGCGCCUGUUAAGCAGAUUAAAUCCUGCUCACUACGAAGUCCGUGUUCUUGUAGUCACGCGAUCGUAUUUGUUUUACGAUAGAUCGAUCGAACCCCGGUAUAUCAUACGUAUAUUUAUUACUCAAGACGAUUCUGUAAAAUCCAAAAGGUUGUUAUGUAAAAAGGUUGGUAAGUAGUUUCGUUAAGAGAAGCGUCACGCAAUUGCGUACACUUUUAAGUAUCUCUCUAAUUAACAUUGAUUAUUACUGCUAGCUCAAUACUCAGAGUAAGAAUUUUUAAACAUGACUGCGUUUCUUUUUUUAUAUGUUAUGACUGUUAAAACUAAUGAAUACUUUGUUAUGACAAGUUAGACAAUUUAGUAGAGAAUUAUUUGAUUUUUCAUCAAGUUUAACUUUAGGAAACGAGAUUUCAGUGAAACGUUUAAUUAUAAGUAUCUAUACGAUUAAUUUAUUAAAGCCCUCUGAAAAUGACGUAAUAUCCAAGAAGGCAAUAAUUCUCUAAUGUAUCAUGAGAUGUUAAUAGUUUAAUUGUCUGCGCAAUUUCUUCGUAAUUAGAUAUUAUAAUCGUAUAUUUCUUAGAUCGAAUAUAAUGCAAAAUUAAAAUUUGUUCUAGUUUUUAUUUUAGUUUUCUGGCUAAUCAACAUAUCAACCAGUGUGCAUCAGGAGAUUAAUUAAAAAUGUAGGAAACUGCGAAAUUGGAAAAUACUAAUGUGAUUUUAAGAGUUCAAUUAUACAAUAUACAAUUCAUAUUCACAGA